CGCCGGGUCCCAUUCCAAUUCACGAGCGAGCCAGGUUCUUUGCUGCAGGGGGCACGGAUUGAAGCUAGUCCUUGAACAUCGUAGUACGGAGGGGCCCGCUUGGCAUGGAGGGAGGGUGACAAGGUCUCACAACUGAGAAUAACAUGUACUGUACUGUAGAACGGUGUCAUUGCCAUGCUUGCUAUGCUUCUGGCUUGCAUGCUUGCCCCUGUAGCAGAGUUGGUGGUGAUCUUUUUCUUCCAGUUCUUUCUCUGAUUCAUUCAUCUUCUUUUUUGUUUUCUUUGUCUUUUACACAUACACUUACAAUUACAUACACAUUCCCUGCUGGUUCCUUAUUCUGGCUUUCAUCUGUUGAUCAUCUUGACUUGAAUCAACCACACACUCUUUUUUUUUCUCCGUUCCUCUGGCAUGCUGGAUGCUAAUCAUUGGAAGUAGCAUCAACUUUACUCCCUUAAUCCCUAGCUCACACGCGCCCAUCAUCAAACAGACGAGACACCACAAUCCUCCCUCGUAGAUCGAGGUGUACAUGUCCCAAAUUUGAGUUUUUUUUUGAAUUUUGUUGCAUUCGUUUUCUUCAACCAUAAUACUCCAAAUCACAACCACAACAACACAAUGGCUGAAGAUGGCAGUGCAGCACCUCCCACCACGGUUGGAGGCGGCCACGCAGGAGAUUCGGGAAUGCAUUCGGCAAACGACGGGCGUGGAAGGUCAUCCGGGGAGCGUCUGGAGCGCAUCGUGACUCCGUUGUCACCAGGCGCCACGACACCACCAAACCCCUUCUCGCGCCGUCACACGUCGUUGGACAUGGACGACUACUUUGUCGGGCCUCGUGACACGCAGAAGCACUCCAAGUGGCCUCUGUUUAUGCAGAUGCACGGUAGCAUCUUGCCCAAGCUGAUCAUGCCUUUGUUGUUUAUGGGACUCUGGGCCGCGUUGAUCACGUCCUUGCACAUGGCUCCUUACUUCAAGGAGCGCAACGUCAAAGUUAGCGUCAACUCUGUCCUACUCACAGUGCUGGGUUUCGUCGUCGGUUUGGGUCUCUCUUUCCGCAGCUCGACCGCAUACGAACGAUACGCCGAAGGUCGACGAUACUGGGCCUCGUUGAUUCUGGCCUCCCAGUCUCUUGGCCGCGUAUUUUGGAUCCAUGCGCGAGAGAGGGAGGAGACUAGGGAGAAGGACAUACUCAACAAGCUCUCGGCCCUCAACCUGCUUACCGCCUUUGCCGUAGCCCUCAAGCACAAGCUGCGUUUCGAGCCCUACACCAACUAUGAAGAUCUGUCGCAGAUGGUCGGUCACCUCGACACCCUCGCCGGCGAGGCCACCAAGUCCGACGGAGGUGCCACGGCCACAAAGAGCCCCAACAUCUUCAAGCGCGCCGGCACCAUGCUGGGCGUGCCCUUUUUCGAGAGCAACCCGCGCAAGCAGCUUAAGAAGGCGACGCGCCCGUUGGGAAACCUCCCGCUCGAAAUACUGAGCUACCUGGCCGCAUAUACCGACGAGAUUGUGGCCAAUGGUCAACUGCCGGUUCCUAUGCAGCAGACACUCGCUUACAACAACAUGGCUUUGCUCAACGAUGUCAUGGUUGGCACCGAGCGUGUGCUGAGCACUCCGCUCCCCAUCGCAUACUCGAUCGCCAUUGCCCAGAUCACUUGGCUAUACGUCUUCCUGCUUCCGUUCCAGCUCUGCCAGCCUCUGGAGUGGGUCGCAAUCCCAGCCACCGUCGCUGCCAGCUACAUUAUCCUGGGUCUGCUGUACAUUGGACGUGAGAUCGAACAACCCUUUGGCCUCGACCCCAACGAUCUCCCGCUCGAGAGUUACUGCGCCCAGAUCGCAGCCGAGCUCGACGUGCUGGCGUCCCGACCCAAGCCGCGCAUCAGCGAGUGGACCGAGCACCUUGAAAACAAGGUCCUAUUCCCUUACUCCAACGCCGGUUGGCACGCCUGGCUGCACCGCGGCGAGACCAAGAUCCGCCAGGCGCUUCGGGCCAAGACGGAGCUCGAGUUUGGCCAGCGGAGCAGGAUGAUGGGCCAGGAGCACGGCAAGAACGAGGGUGGAAGCGGGCACGGCAGGUCCAUGAGCAAGCCCCAAGCGGCUGAGAAGGUGUCCGACGUGGAGAAUGGGUUGGGAAGCAGGCAAUGAAAUCCGUGAUUUUGUAAGCUUGUUUUUUUCUCUCUAUUACUCGAAACAAAAGGGGUGAAUGAGCUGGUGUCUUUUUAUGUUGCUGGCUUUUUUUUAAUGCGUACGCGGGAGUUACUCAGCGAUACUUUUUUCUUACUAUCUUUCCAGAUUGGUAAAAGCUUCUUUUGGGUAUAUAAAAUCUCCUUGUUCUCCAGAGGAAGCAGAAUGAAUGCAUAAUAAAAGGGAGUGGUGAUUUCUUUUUCA